AUGAGCGCUGUGUCGGAGAAGGGACCAACAGAGCUGGGCGCUGAUCCCCUCAACUUCAUCUACGCCUGCUCGGUGUGUUGCGCCUCCUUCGCCGAUGUCUACGAAGGCCACAACGAGACAGUCCGUGGCCUGUCAGAUGGUAUCAACCCGAAAGAGCGCCUUGUGACGCGCCUGUUCCUCGCCAGUUGCUGUCAUGUCUUCUGCAGCAGUCAUUUGGAGGGCGGCGGCGACAGUGAGCCGCGCGAUCUCUUCUCGAUACGCGGCUUCAAGAAAGAUGAAUACGAUCCUAACAUUCCGCUCGCAUGGUUCACCGCGCCUCCCAUCCGCCUCGAUGGUAGCGGAAAAGAGAUGGAGGCAUUGCGCUAUAUUGCGCUUAUUCGAUACUGCCAGAACACAUAUGCGACCCGCAAGCCCCUUCAAGAAGCCUUGACCAAUAUGGAGAAGAAACUGGCUAGUGUGCAGGAUCUUGCCUCCAAGGAACACGCAAAAGUCGUUACACUCCAGCAAGAGAACGAGCGACUACGACUGCAGAAGGAUCAGUUUCAAGCCAUGAAAGCCGAGGUUCAGCGACUCCAGGGUCUCGAUGAAGAGGUUGCGCAUUUUCGCGAUGUCAACCCAAAGGACCUCGCAACAUUCCUGGCAAACAAGUCAGCAAUUCGCCAUUACUUGAAGCUUGUGCCUAUGCUAGUCGAUCAAAACGAGAGGAUGCAGAAGCGACUUGCCCAACUCGGCUUUGCGAUGGCACUAGAACCUGUACCUAACUUCAAAGGCAUUGACCCCCACGCGUUCGACAGCGACGAAGCAUCGCCUGAGCGCAGCGGACGAUCGGACGGUAAAUUACGAACAACUGCCUCCAGUCAUACCGCCGGUAGAUCGGCUCAUACAACUGGGCGAUUGGGAACAGCAUCUUCUGGCUCCUUUGUCCCGCGACCCAUGAAGCGGCAACGCCUCGAGUCACCCCUUCCCACCAAUACCCAAGUUGGCCAUCCUUCAAGCCGAGAUGCCAUGCCACCUCCACCAAAGCCUAUGUCCAGGAUGCAAUCCAUGCGCAAGAUGUUUCCGAGCCUGCGAAAGAAGUUCUCCAGUGACCGCUCCAGGUCCGCAGCAGAUGGGUCCUUUGAGGACGAUGCAGACGUGCAAAUGUACGAUAACGGACACUGGCAAGAUGUUGAAGUCGGUCGUCACCCAGGACGCGAUGACUUCCGCGGCGAGACACCAUACAUGUCGGGAGCGCUGCCCGUAGAACAGCCCCAUCAAGCCUCUGACGUUCGAGGAUCGCAGCUACUUGCUAGUGUAGGCCUCAAAGACAACCGGCCAGACUUCACAUUCCGGGCAUCGUCUCCAGUCAAGAUGGAAAAGCAAAGCAGUAGCCAUCGUCCGGUUCAUUUGCCUACUGAGCCUUCAUACAUUCGUCUUAUGGAUGGUUUGUCGCACGACAAUGGGAUGGAGCUCGGUCUGAAAGAUCCUCGCGAGCAAACAAGCACGGACUAUCGUAAAGAUGGCAGGAAUAGGCAAGUACUACCUGCUUAUCGACAUGAGCACAACGCCGAACGAGUUGAUUACCGGACGCAUUUGGAUCUUGGACAUCCGUUCAUGCACCAGUCGCCACACAGAUCUCCGGCCUCUGUCGAUGCGCGUCAAUAUCCUUCUAGCGACCUCCAGACUAACGAAUACACAAACAGAGCUCACGGCAUGCCGGAUCUUGGCCCCACUACGCCAGCACCGAGGCGCCAACAAAAUCCCGGCCAUCAGAUCGAGAGUGUAUUCCGAUCAUUCCGGCGAUUAUCAGUCACGAAGGUCAAGGACGAACCAACCUCGGGCCGGCUGGGUUGA